AUGACGUCGGUGGACGACGAACAGCAGCACGAUGGCGACGUCUCGCUGUUCUAUCCAUCAGGGAGGAUGGGAGUGACGAUAACGCGGAGCAAGGAGAGCCGGUUCGCGCUCGCGUUCUCCGACACCGACGCGCACGAGAUCCUCGUCAGUUUCGACAGCACCGGCGUGGGCGGCGCGUGCUUCCCCGGCGGGCACCCGUGGCUCUCGACGACGGCCAAGGGCUACACCGUGUCGGACGAGAAGGGCGCGAUCGUUGAGAGCGGGCGCUGGCCGCGCGCGAAGAGCAAGGGCGAGCUGGUCCGCGCCCUGACCCCGUCGCUGACGGUGCGCUUCGCGUCGCGGCAGGACAUCGCGCUCGUGUUCAACACGGACGAGAUCCCGCCGCAGACCUUCCACAUCGGCCAGGUCCUGAAGCGCGAGGGCACGUACCUCGACUACCGCAUGACGUCCGUGGGCGGCAAGAUGACACUCGACGUGCGGCGCAUUCGGGAGAAGUUCGCCAAGCAGGGCCACCUGUACUCCGCGCCCGGCCCGCACUCGCUCGUCACGGAGCGCCCGGGCCUCGGGAACCUGCGCAAGAUGGUCGCGAAGCUCGGCAAGACGCAGCACAUCGACGAGACCCUCCUGGGCGACCUCGACGAGACGCAGCGGCGGCUCCGGAGCAUCAACACGGUCAAGACGCCGCUGGACGGGACCGUCAAGAUGGCCACGAAGCGGCUGCCGCCGCUGGACGACUUCGGGGAGCCCCCGAUGACGGACACGAUGAAGGACCUGCGGCGGAAACUGCGGCCGCAACACGUGACCUAUCAGAGCCGGCAGGCGCGGGUGGAGAAGGUCGCGAUGGCCGGGCUGGACCACCUGCUGACGGGGGACGAGACGCCGGAGUCGGCGCUGGUCGUGGUGUGCUGCGUGGCGUCUUGGAACGCGAAACCGUGCGCAGCGGCAACGCAGGCGAUGCGCGAGCUGCAGCACGACAUCGCGACGCUGGGGGAGGCCGCGGCGGUCCCGGAGGCGCACGAGCACUCGUGCCCGCUCGUGCUGCGGCUGAUGGACGCGUCCGAGGGCAACGGGCUUCGGAAACGGUUCGGGUUCCUGACGGUGCCGGCGUGGCUGGUGUUCCGGGGCGGGAAGCUGGUGGAGGUGACGAACGACGUGCGGGGCAAGGAGGACCUCAAGGCGCAGAUCGCGCGGUGCCUCGCGAAGGCCGCGCGGGACGAGUACCUGCCGGACGGGUGGCAGGGGAGCCUGGGAGUCAACCCGAUGCUGGAAACAAUCAUGCAUCCGGGAUUCACACUCAGCAACUAG